UUCGCACUUCAAGUGGACGGACGGGACGGGUAAGGCGGGGUGAGGACGGGAGCCUCUUGGAGGGGCACGGAACAUUAUUGCGGCGGGCUUCCGGCGGGACCGUUUUUCUGAGGGUUGCCAAGAACGUUUUUUUCCUGUGACGCUGGUCGAUGGUGACUGUUCCGGCCUAACUUAAGGUACUGGUCAAUCGCAGCUUCGUCCCCCACCGUCGCAUUCGAGGCCCGCUGAAUUUUCCAAGACGAUCACACCGAGAGACGAGGUUCGCGGUGAGCCGAGCACAUCACCAAGCAGCACAGUACACUUCCGCGACGACACCACAAACCACACAUCCCGCCAAGAUGUUGCUCUUCUGUCCCAACUGCGCCAACAUCCUCACCGUCUCCGCCUACGCGGGCGUGCGCAACCGCCUCGAGUGCCGAACCUGCCCCUUUGAGCACGCCAUCACCGAGCCGAUCUACUCCCGCCGCGACUUUGAGCGCAAGGAGCGCGAGGACGUCUUCGGUGGACCUGGCGAGUGGGACAAUGCCGACAAGGCGCGCGCCCAGUGCCCCAAGGACGGCUGCAACGGCGAUGAGGCUGCUUUCUUCCAGGUCCAGAUUCGUAGUGCUGAUGAGCCCAUGACUACGUUCUACAAGUGUAUGUCGUGCGGAAACAGAUGGAGAGAAAAUUGAGGAUGGACGAGGAAGACUUCUUUUCGGGACUUUCACUGGGCAUUGCGAGGCGUUGGGGACGAUGCGUGGAUUUAUUCUUGUUUUCUUUUGGCUAUACGCUACUCGAUGGAGCUGCGACUAUCCGUUUCUAGAGCUUGUUUAGGAACAUGCCUUUCCU